CUAGUAAUUUUUGCAAAAGUUUACAACAUUGCAAUAUUGUUGACAUAUUCAGUAAUCUAAGGAAAAUUUACCCAAAACAUUUAGAAAGAGUCCACAGAAAGGCCUUUUAUUUAUAAAAGAAUCAUAAUCAAAUGUUAGACCGUAAUGUAUUUUCCAAUAGGAUGGCCAAAAGUGUGCAAGAAUUUGGAAGCAGAUGGACAGGCAAUCAAACAAAUAGUAUCAAAUAGAGACAAAAUACUUUUUGUAUCUUUGACUGAUGAUUCUAUUAUUAUUUGGUUUUGCAAGCCUACUGUGCCAAUAGUUUAUCAAAAGCGUAAUGCCGACUCCAUACAGAGACUUGGUAUAAAUGUUGGUGUGGAAUGGAAACCGGAUUCUUCUAUGAUUUGCAUAUCGACACAAGAAGGACAUUUAAUCAUCUACAAUGUGGAACCACAACCUGAGCAAACUGCAUACAAUCAAUUUGAUCCACCUAUGGCAAGUCUACGCAGGGAUUCAGCUGAGCUAUUUGUGAAAGAGAUGAUACCAUCACUUAAAAUAACAUUGUUUAAAGAAGUCUUAGUAUGGGAUGGACAGAUUACCCGCAUGUGUUGUAUAUCGGGUACCGAGAUUCUGGUGUGUACCACUCGCGCCCAUCUCUUGAGAUACAGAUGGGAUGGGACACAGAACAGAGACUACUGCUUAGACCUAGGACGGAUACCAUUCUCUAUAAAUCAACAAGUUUCUAAAGCCGAACCUAUCUUAGAAGAUAACACGCACGUAAAUGAUAUCGAAUACUCCCCAUUAGUGUGUGGUUUUGGCAUCACUCUGAAUGAUGGCCGGGCAGCCUACCUCACCGCUCCUAACCUCAAAUUUGAUCCAAAUGCAGUACAAGGGAUCUGGGCGCCAGGCAUAGAUGACGCUACUUGUGCAAGAGUUAAUCAUAAGUUCAGACUUAUUGCUAUUGGCAGGAGAAAUUCACAAGUAGACGUGUUUACGAUAGACGAAGUGACUGGAGGUUUGGAGUUAUCGCACACUAUGGUGCUCAGCUCGAAGGAUUUCCCCGGCGAUCCCGGACCUGUUAAAUGCAUUAGAUGGACCGGGGACGGUCGCGCGGUGUCGGUGAGCUGGGAGCGCGGCGGCGUGUCCGUGUGGAGCACGUUCGGCGCGCUGCUGAUGUGCUCGCUGGCCUGGGACUACGGCCUCAGCCAGGACCUCACCAAGCACAACCCGCUGGUCGUCUCCAGUAUGGAAUGGGCUACAGAAGGCUAUCAGCUGUGGAUGGUCAAGAUUGAAAGUGAUACAACUUCGAAUUUAAUACAAAUGGAUUUUAUUAAAAGUCCCCUCAGCGUAAAUCCAUGUAUGAGCAAUCAAAGGCAUUUAUAUUUACAAGCAGAUGAUAAACUUUACGUCAAUUUAGAAGACAAUUUAACGAGAAAAACCAAGAUAUCAAUGAUCGAUUCAUCCGAUUAUCAAGAGAAUGGUGUACCGGACCAGCACACGUUGGAAUACGACAAUAAAGCCAAGUACAAAGACUUUGUGGAUGACAACGAGUGCAGGAAACAGUGGAUAGUGUUGCCAUUACCCGCUACGUAUAUCGCUACUAAUUGGCCGCUUAGGUACAGCGCUAUCGACGAGGCGGGCGUGAACGUGUGCGUGGCGGGGCGCGCGGGGCUGGCGCACUACAGCUGCGCCUCGCGCCGCUGGAAGCUGUUCGGCAACGAGGCGCAGGAGAAGGACUUCGUCGUCACCGGCGGCAUGCUCUGGUGGAGGGACCACAUCGUCAUAGGUUGCUACAGUAUCUUGGACGGGCACGAUGAGAUUCGCUUCUACCCGCGCGACGCGAAGCUGGACAACAGGUUCGCUAAGAUGGUGCGUGCGCAGGCGCAGGUGUACGCGCUCGACGCACUCGACGACCAGCUCGUCGUCUUCUCUGCGGACGCGCUCGUCACCAUAUACGAACUCAGUGUUGAAAAAAACGGGUGUGUGGAGAUGCGGUGCGUGCAGGCGGUGGACAUAUCGGCGCUGUCGCACCCCGCGUGCGUGGUGUCUGCGGCGCUGUGCCGGCUGCAGGAGCAGGCGGGGCCGCCGCACCUCGCGCGCCCGCACGCCCCCGCCACGCCCCUCGCGCCGCACUCGCUCGUAAUAAACGCAAGUGGGAAACUGAUGAUGGUGCAGAGAGAGGAGUACGACGUUGACGAAGACAACAAUCCAGCAUACAGCUGUCUUCCGGCGACAGUUCUGGCGUCGUGCGUGGAGAGCGUGUGGUCGUGCGGCGGAGCUCGCCAGCAAACGCAGCUGUCGCGCGCGCUCUGGCUGUGGUGUGGCGCGCUCGGCGCACGCGUCUGGCUGCCCCUGCUGCCUCGCGACACCACCCGCCGACCUGACUCCUCUAGGCACACCUUCAUGGCCAAGAGGAUCAUGCUGCCAUUCCACCUUAAUAUAUACCCACUGACAAUUCUUUUCGACGAUGCGAUACUUCUAGGAGCAGAAAAUGACACAACACUUUACGCAUCAGACUCCAACUCCGUGUUCUCUUUGCCCUUCUGUGUUGUGAAUAGAACGAGCCAGGUGUACCUGCACCAAAUCUUACGUCAGCUGCUGCGACGCAACCUGGGGUACCACGCGUGGGAAAUCGCGCGCUCGUGUGCUCAGCUGCCAUACUUCCCGCACUCUCUGGAGCUGCUGUUACACGAGGUGCUGGAGGAGGAGGCCACUAGCAAGGAGCCAAUACCUGACGCACAGCUGCCCAGCGUUAUAGAGUUUGUUCACGAGUUCCCAGUCUAUCUACAGACAGUGGUACAAUGCGCAAGAAAAACAGAAAUAGCUCUGUGGGCGUACCUUUUCUCUGCGGCCGGCAAGCCCAAGGAGCUAUUCCAGGAGUGUCUGCAGAGGAAGAUGCUGGACACCGCCGCAUCCUACCUCAUCAUUCUGCAGAACCUGGAGAGUUCAGCUGUGAGCCGGCAGCUCGCCACGCAGCUGCUGGACACGGCGCUGCAGCACGAGCGCUGGGACCUCGCCAGGGACCUCGUCAGAUUCCUCAGAGCUAUAGAUCCAAACGACGUAGACUCGCCGCGCAACUCAGUGAACGUGCAGGCCAAGUACGGACAGAUCGUGCAGCCGCAGACCGUGCCCAAUGCGGAGGACCUCUCUGUUAUACUUGGCACUAUGCAGCUGGCAGGCGGCAGAGGACGCAGUUUCAGUACGACAGCAGCCCCACGCGAGCCGUCCCCACCAGCGGCCGCGCCCGCGCCCCCGCCCGCGCGCCGCACCGCCGCCGUCAAACGGAAGAAGUCAGUACCAGCACGCGCUGACAGGGAAUCGUAUAGCGGUACUGCGGAGGAGUUCUUCAUCGACAUGAUGAUCCAGCGGCACGCGCGGCUGCUGCUGUCGACGGCGCGGCUGGUGGCGCUGGGCCGGCUGGCGGCAGCGCUCGACUUGCACCUGGUGGCCUGGCUGGCCGGUGAGCGCGAGCGCGCCGCGCGCGUCGACAGCGCCGUGCUCUGCCUCAAGCGGCUGCACGACGACUUCAACUGGCCCUACCCCGUGCUGCAGCAGGGCGACGAGCACUACAUACAGCGCAAGGCCAGCGUCGUACCCUGUCCAAACACGCCGUCAGCGGAAACGGACAGUCUGUGCGGAGAUAGCGGCUAUAUGAGUCUAUCACUUCGUGCGGCUUUGCCCAUCGCGCUCGGCGCACCUAUCUCACCCGGGCCCGUCAGUUCAGCGGGCGAGUGCAGCGUGGCGGAGGGCGGGGCGGUGGCGUGGGGCGGGGCCAGCGAGAGCGCGGGCGGGGAGGAGCGGCGCUACGCGGCCCUCAUGGAGCGCCUGCAUGUGCACCAGGCGGAGCGCGGCGACCACACCGCGCACGUGCGGCUACGAUACUUCUUGCAACUGAUGACGGAGGCGUCGUGCGUGGAGUGGGCACUAGUGGUGGCGGUGGCGCUGAAGGACGCGCUCGCCGUGCUGCGUACUGCCAACGCGGCGCGCGCGCAUGACGUCAGUGCCGCUGCCGUACGCAGGCUGCGCACUGCCAUCAUAGACCUCUGCGCCUGGAGCGACGCCGAGUGUCUUGGCUACAAGCCGUUCAUGAUGGCGAUCAACAACCAAGUGCCAUUCCUGACAUCCAUCAUCAACGCGCGCGAACGAAGAGUUUCGAUGGUCAAAAACCGAGUACGAACACCCAGUACUGGCUCAUUAAAUUUGGAAUUAAAAUCUCAGCAAACAACUCAAGAAGCCAUACUGCCUCCGCCGCAGAAGGCGCAGGAGGUGUCGAAGCAAUCCGUCCGCAAGGAGUCCCCCAGCGUGUCCGCAGAGUGCGGGCCCGCGCCGCCCGCGCCCGCCAACUGCCGCCUCAUGUAGACCACCCCCACCCCCACUCCCUCACAUAUCACAGACACCACCAUAACUUUAUACAACCUUUACACUUUUGCAGCCUUACAAAUAAACGCGGUAUAACUUUAAACUUGAAAUAAACUGAGUAUAAGCAAACUUUGUACUAAUAUUUGCUUACACUCAGAAUAACGUGAUAGUCUAGUAAAAAAGAAAAAAAAACAAACUUUGUUCUAAUGUUUGCUUAUAGUCAGUUUCUCCCUUUAACUUUAACUUUAUAUCGCAUUUAUUUGUAAGGCUGUUUGACUUUAUUAACGAAGAUAUUUGUAACUUAACUGAAAACGUAGAUGAUGUUUUUUUUUCUCUGACAUCUGUCAACAGUUUGACAGUGACAGCCCUGUUAUAUUCGUUGGUCAUAGAUAAUGUAAAUCUUAAUUUAAAAAAUAAUAGAGUGAUUAAUGUAAUUGUAUAUCAUAUAAAUAGUAGAAUUUUAGAUUGAAACUGUUUAAAAUAAUUAAUAGUAAUGUGAAAAUAUUAUGUUUAGUACACAAUUUAACUGGACAUAUUUUAAUCUUUUGAUUAACAAUUAGUAUUAGAAAUUUUUAAGUAUUUUGUGUAUGUUUGUAUACUAAUAGUCUCGAUUUGUAUUUUAGUUAAUAUUUCCAUGGUGCGCAAAGGUCUCAAUUUAACCUCGCUCACAAAAACUUUCCUUCACUGCAUUAACUUUUUCUAGUCUUUACUAAUUAGUGUUUUCUUAUAGAAUCUGUGCAGUCUUAUUUAUUUUUAAAUGUCAUUAGAUAUUUUAUAUGUAAUUUACUUACAUAUAGCACAGAGAAAGUUCUAUAGGGACAUUUAAAACCAAUAUUUUGCAAAUGUUUUGACACAUUUUGUGUAUACUUUAUUAUUGCUUAACAUAUGUCAUAUAAUUUAUUAAAAUUAAUCAUUUUUUAAUGUAAAUUAUGUUGUUUUUAAUGGAUUUAAUCAAAACUAUACUUACUGUUUAUGAUGAAUUUAAAUAUUUGUGGUAGAAUAGGUAAUAAAAAAUUUAAUAUGAACAUUAAUUUAGUACAAUUCAUAGGAAAAUCACUUUAAUUAUAUUGAAACGUUUUAUUUAUAAAUUUUAAUCAUUUUCUAAUUGAUUAUUUAUUUCAUUAUAAUUCAAUUAAUUAACCAUUUUCAUUAUAUUUUUCGUAUAACAAUUAGAUUUUGCUCAUCGCCUUAUUAAGGUUUUAUUUUGUAUUGCUCAAGUAAUAAUCUCAUAUUUUAUUAAGUAUUACUCACCGAACUUUAAUUUACUGGUAUUUCGCCAUUUUGGUGCCAAUUUUGUUUUUUUUUGACUUAAUAUUUAAAUUAUACAUUUUUUUCUUUAGUACAUUAUAAAGACGCUGUUUUUCAUAAUCGAGCCAUAGUUAGAAAUAUACGUUACAUUAGCAAAUGUUAACUUUAGGAUAUUUUUAGUACAAAUUAAUAUAAUUUAAUACUUUACUCUCAAUGUAAUUUUAUGUUAUUGAUUAAUAACUUAUAUACGCCAUUUUUAAACACAACAAUUUAUUAAAUAUUUGAAAAGGCAACUAUUUUCUCAUUUACUAGAGUAUCAUGUUAUUCUGGUCGCAUAGUAUGAGGAGAGUAAAGUACUAAAACUGUGUCCAUAUCAACUAUACACAUGUUAUACUAACAUUUAAUUUAUAAGUGAGUAUGUAAGCAAUAAUAUGUGAAAUUAAUUUUAAAGUAACAUAGAAAUAAGAAAUCACAGUUUUUAAUUAUUUUAAUUAAAUUAUUAAUAAUUUUUAGUGAAAUGUAUUUGUACCUAUGUGUUUUAUUGGUAUGUUUUCAAUUAGUAAUUUGUACUUCAUAUAUGUGGAGUUCUUCAGUCGAACACAGACAUAUUGUUAUUCCGCUUAUUAACUUUGAAAAAAAAAAAGAGACAACAAUACAUUAUUGUUUGCGUAUUUGAGCAGUAAAAUCACGGUAAAAUGUGUUUCAUUGUAAUAACUAGUAUGUUAUAUAUAUACAUUCCAAAUUAAAGUAUUUUCGAUUAAUGCAGAAUUAGGCAUUUUAUCAGAAUACUGUUAGUUUUGAAUUAUGUUUGCGAUGUUUCCUUCAUAUUCUUUAGUAUAGUGUAGAAUAUUACUAGUGCGCAGUUUGCUGAUGGCCUCACGACGUGAAAUGUUAAAAAACGCUAUUGAGAAACUGACGCGGUCGCUUUUUCAUAACUAUCGCACAACUGUUUAGUCUCGCUUUGAUUGCCUUAUGAAAGAGCGCACACUACUCGUUUUUUAGUUGUGCAA